UAUAGCAGGCAGUUGGGUUUUGGAAGCCUGAGGAUCAUCCUCCAACAAAGAGAAGCAGAUGCUGGCAGCUGGGAGGAAAGGCAUGCAACUAUGAUAAACGGAGAGAUCAGAGGGAGUGUGGGCAAAGCAUAGAUUCCUCCUGCCAUACUUCUCAGAGGAGCAGACUGGAUCUAAUUUGAUCUCUCCUGAUUUUACCCAUGAUUGCUCAUGUUAACCUCCUCUGAGAGGAAGUGAAACACUUAAAACACCCUCUUCACUAGCAGCCAGCUUACCAGCCUUAAAACAAUUGUGACCAGGUUGAAGAAACAGGGAGAGACAACGUUAGCAAAGCUAAUUUCUUUCUCAAAAAGAUCAAAUUAGUCACUUCCUGAUGUUAUACAAUGAAGCACCGUACUUAAUCUCAUCAGCAAACCAUCUCCACGUCUAAAGGAAGCUUCUGCUAGCUCCAUAUCUGUACUGCCUGGGACUUAUCUCAACCUUGCCGUUCUGGUUUUCCAUGCAAGAAAAGAAACAACACUUUCCCCAGAUCCUCUUCUUGGAAAAAGAACUCACCUUUCUCUAACCAAAGAUUUGUGGAGCCAAGUUGCCCUGAUGAUCAUGAACUUGACUUCUGAGCACUGCAACAUCUCAGAUUGGCUGAGGCUCGAAGCAACAGUGAAGGCCUCUGUGUACGUGGUCACUUUCUCCUUUGCCACAUUCAUCACGAUCAUCAUCAUCGCAAUAGUGUCACAGAAUUCAAAACUUAGGAAAGAGGUCCGAUACAUCUUCCUUUGCCACCAUCUGCUGUGCAUCUCCUCCUACUGUGGCCUGGGAAUGGUGUUCCAAGGGAUGCGGGCCCUGAUGGCCAACAGCCCCGUGCUGAUGUGCUGGUUGGUGUUUGGGGCCCAGAUAAGUUUUGGAGAAGGGAUCCUCUUUACUCUGGCCUUGAUGGCUGUCAACACUUACCUGGUCAUAUGUUGGCCAUUGAAAUCUCUGUCCUUUGUAGAUUCAGUUAAGUAUAGAAUCCUGGCUGGGACUUGGAUAAUGAUUAUACUCAAGAAUGUUUGCUUAUUCGUCAUAGAGGGCACCAACUCCACUUCAGUUGCUGUUUUAAAAUUAGAGCCCCUUUGCCCAGUGAUUUUCAAUGGUACUCCUGCCAGAGCCAUUGGCAUGAUUUUCUUUCUCCUUCCUCUAGCUAUAAUUCUUAUAAGUUACUCUCUAAUAUAUCAAGAAGGCAAACGUGCUGGCCAUUUUAAUAGGUCAAAUAUCAAAGCAAGAAAAACAGUCCUAAUUCAUUUUUUGCAGAUCGCCUUACAUGUAAUACCAACUCUGAUAUUUAUAGGUUUGGGAAAGAUGUGUGGGAUGUUUUUCUUUGCUUUAAAUCUGGUGCUUUUUGGAGUCUUUUCAUUUGGCCAGUGUUUUAAUCCUUUGAUCUAUGGGCUGUGGAAUACCGAGCUGCAAAGCAGAUUAUGUUAUUGGAUAUGCUGUCAACUGGGGUAUAGUAGUCACACAAUGAACAGCAGAGGGCAAGUUUAAACAAAAACUCAGCCAUUUGGGGUCAAUAAUCCUAGUCCUAGUGGACUAUCAGCUAGGGUGAAGGACUUGCCUUUUACUUAACCUAAAAUUGGUGCGUUGACUUGAUAUUGAAAAUAAUAUUAGUAAGUCAAAAAUUUCAUCUGGCUUACAAACUUUGCUGCUGCAUACACUGAUCUGUCCUGAGUGAAAUCAUUAUAAGUCUUUAAUUUUAAACCCAGAUCAACAUUUUGGCAGCAUGCCUUCUUGUGUUGCAAGUAGUUGAGCAACUUUUGAGAAUUCUCCUGUUUUUAGAGACUGAGAAAUAGUCCAUAGUUGAUAUGAAGGGAGGAAGUUUGGCUGUUCCCCUUAUUAGGGAUAAGUUAUAACAGAGCAGCAACAAAAUAACAGUGACUUUAAAAAGUGAGAGAUUAUUACUUUUUCUUAUGUAAAAGAAAUCUGGAGGUACACAAUCCAGACCUAUGUGGCAAACUGUUCUCAGGGCAUAUUCUCUUUUCCUUUGGCAUGAUCUGCAUACUACCUAAUGACCCCAGAUGGCUGGUAGUGCUAUCAUCACACUCUUACUCCAGCCAACAGGAAAGAGCAAGGGGCAAAGAAGGGUCAGUACUCUUCUUCUGAAGACACUUUCUAGGAGUUACAGAAAACAUUUUUCCUUACAUGUAACUGCCCAAAAUUUAGUCAUAUGGCUAUGGGAAGGUCAUAUGGCUUUAAGGGAGAGUGGGGAGAAAUUUUAGCUCAGUAGUAGUGCCUUCAACUACCCAGUUAAAAAUUAGAGUUCUUAAUACUAAGAAAGAAAGAAAGAAUGGAUAUCAGGAAGCAAAACUAUCUCAGGGGUCAUUUUCUCAAUAAAAUAAAGUAUAAAGGAAUACAAUGAAUGCAUUAAUGAUUGUCACAAAAAUAUAUUCUGCCUUACAACAUGAUAUACAAAUACAGUGUUAACUGUUCAGGAUUCCAGGAAACUUUAAUUGUGUCAUGUCAAUAGCUCUCAAAGAGAAUGGCAUCAAUAAAGAGAACACUGAACUGGUUUAAAUAGAAUUAACACGUUAUUUAAAUCUAAGAAAGUUUGAGACAGCAAUAUGCCAUAAAUUCUUUCAGAUAAGUUUAUAUAUGACAUUUCUUUACAUGAGACAUCCAUCUGUGAAUCAGUCAAGAUUCAUUUCUAGAAACAGGAGUUACCACUUUAGGUAUUUAAAUAUAAAGGAGCUAAUACAGGAA